CAGUGAUAAAUCGGAUUAAGCCCUUACUUUCCGAACUUAAAAUAUAAUGUCACUUUGGCAGUUCCGAAGUGUCAAAAAAUGUCAAUGUUCGUAUAUUGUAAACAUGAGGUUAGGAAUUAAUUGCUAAAAUCUAUAAUUUAAAGCUUCUUUUAACACACUCAGUUUUUAAAAUAUAUUUCAUAAAAAGUCUAGAGGUGUUUUUGUUAUAUCCAGACAUGAAUGCGAUCAGGAGUUUAUGGCGUUCAUCGCCUUUAGUUCGUGGUGUGAUAGCGCCGAUUUAUGCUAUUCGACCUCUUUCAACAGUCACAGCGGUUCCUAAUCAAAAACCUAUUGAUGCGGUACCAUCGACUGCGGCAGUGGAACUCGACAAGUUAUAUAAACGAGUCGAAUUGGAAAUGCGCGGGAUUGACCCUGCUGUGCUGCUGAGUUACUCUUGGUUCUGUGUGGCAGCAGCUUCGCAUUUGGGCAUUGAAGUUACUAAGAAUUGGGCGCUAAGAAAAGCAGAGAAAGAAAGACACACUCUCCUCCGUUGUGUCCACAUCUACAAGAAACACAGAGUGCAAUAUGAAAUAAGAACAUACUUCCGGUUUAUACAUCUGCAACGACUCACGGGAUCCACCUGCGACACCUUCCUUGAAUACAUAGAGAGGAACCUGCCAGAAGGUUGUGCAUUAAAAGUUACAAAGAUCGAAUGCCAAAAACUACCUGAACACAUAACUCCACCAACUAAUGAAUAAGAUAUAUUUAUAAAUGUAGAUUUAGAAUAAAACAUCUCUAUAGUAUGCAUUUUUUUAUUUUUAAUAAUAUAGUCAGAACUACAAAAUUGAGCUUUUGUUCAAGAUAAUUUUAUGUAGAGUACAGAAAAAUAAUCAAAUAAGUUCAAAAUGGGGUAUACUAAUGUAGUCACUACAAUAUAGUCUAGUUUAAAAAUGCUAGUAGACCAUUUAUUAGGGCCGCACUACAUAAUUAUUUAUUUCAAGUAGGCACAAUUAAUUGUAUAAUCAUCUAAAAAGCACGGCUCCGGCGCGGUGUUGUUUCGUAUUUGCUUACCACUAACCUUGAGUGGACCGCGUGCUGACCAGUGACCACCCACUAUCAGCUUUUUGUUAGUCGUUAUCAAAUGUACCAUACAACACUAUUAA